AUGCUUGCGAGCGAGAAACUAUGGAUUGGUGGUCUCGUGUCGGCGGCUGUCAUGGUUCUUGUCGUUUCGGCAUACGUUUUUUCUAAUGGCUACUUGCAUCAAUAUCCAAUUGAGCGUGUCACUGGCGACAGUUCAUUUGCGUGCGAUGUCACGAUGCGCAAUGCAAAAUUCAGCACGACAAUACAAAUGAUAUCAAACUCACGUAGUUCUACCAAAGACAAUCAAGCGAUGUUUGAUAUGCUCAACUCGCAACCAUUUACUCUGAACAUUGAUCUUGUUCAAACGGCAUUCACUUGUGAAGAUUCUCUUGUCGUGCAACGCCUCAUUGCCUAUACACUCACACAACUACCAAUUGCAACAUGUCAAACAAGUCAUAACAAUAGUAUUCUAUCGUUGGGCAUUUCACUUCCGGCCCAGGUUAUUAGCGUUCAACUCACAUUGCCAGGAUCAAGAACGAUUGGUGCAAUUCGUAUCGGAUUAAGUGGACCUUCAGCUGUCAGCGCAGACGGCAGGUAA